AUGAAUAUUAAAGGGUCCCCUCUUGUACUAACACCUCGCCGGAACGGCUUAGACUAUGGCCGGACCGAGAAACUUACGGCUAUUCUCGCAGCUAGAGAAACUAAGUCCCUCAGCCCGGAACGCGUAACGACUUUCCCCGCAUGUGAUAUUGUGAUGACAGGGAGAACUAUCCCGCAACUGGGCGACGACAACUGUCGCAUUCUACGUUUUUGUAGAGUGCCUAGGAUUAGAUUUAGUUACCCCGCAGAAUACUGCAAUCGUGUCAAUAAUAUUGUCCUGUCCACCGUGAACUAUUACUCAAAACUCGCUUCGUUCGUUGUUGUCUUCCGCUCACGACCUGCUGAAAGCAGACAAAUGGAUCUGGAACGGCCACCGACCUGUCUUUUCCGAUCCGAGAUGGACACCAUGAGGCAACAAGUGCAGACAUCACUCCUAGACGUCACAGAUGUCUUCCACCUUUCCGAGCGCCUCAUCACCGCUCUCCGGGACCCCUCACGGUGCGAGGACGGCUGUUCUCAAUCCCUUGACUUUGCACAAAUGCUCCUCGAAUCUGUGGCCCGCCUGAUGGACUUUCUCGACUUAGCAUGGCCCACAACCCGCAGCUGCGAUGACUACGACCCGACGGAGUUACGCUUCGACGUCGAGCAGCUCUCAUACCGCCACUUCUGCUGCCUUCGGUCGCCAUACAACGGCGACUGUCGGCCGAUUCAUACUGGACGAUUCCGAAAGAGACUUGCUGCUGCAGGAAAUGCUUCGGGCGUCGAUGGUGUCCAUGAACAAUGUGGUGGCGGACGUCCAUCACCGAAUCUCGCAGAGCUCGAGGGCGUCUGGUGCGGACCGUCACCGGAUCUCGCAGGGCUCGAGGAUGUCUGGUGCGGACUAUCACCGGCUUGCGGCUUCGGACCUUGGGCGCCUGGAUGCUUUGUCAGGACAUCUGCUGGAGCGAACGUACUCUGCGUUAGCGAGGUAUGGAAGUUCAAUGGUGGCGUGAGCAGGAGAUGCGUUGGAACGAGGUGCUUGGACCCUGGACCUGGCAAGUUGUUUCACGAACCCCUCACGGCUAAGACCAAUCUGUUCGUUCUGCUUUAG